AUGCUGAAACCAAACGUUGCAAUUAUUGUUGCGGCACUAAAGCCUGCUUUGGGAAUUGGAUACCAAGGUAAAAUGCCUUGGAGACUUCGUAAGGAAAUAAGAUAUUUCAAGGACGUCACUACGAAAACAACGAGGCCAGGUACUCGUAAUGCUGUUAUUAUGGGUAGAAAAACUUGGGAGUCUAUACCACAAAAGUUUAGACCUCUUCCAGAUAGAUUAAAUAUAAUAUUAUCCAGAUCAUAUAAAAAUGAAAUUAUUGAUGACAACAUCGUUCAUGCUAGCUCAAUCGAAUCGUCACUUAAUCUCGUAUCUGAUGUUGAAAGAGUUUUCAUAAUUGGAGGGGCAGAAAUUUACAAUGAAUUGAUAAAUAAUUCUUUAGUGACUCAUCUAUUAAUCACAGAAAUUGAACACCCAGAUCCAGAGUCUAUCGAAAUGGAUACAUUUUUGAAAUUCCCAUUAGAAAGUUGGACCAAGCAACCAAAAUCGGAGUUGCAAAAAUUUGUCGGAGAUACUUUAUUAGAAGACAAUAUCACGGAAGGUGAUUUCACCUAUAAUUAUACGCUAUGGACAAGAAAAUAA